AUGGAAACUAGUAAUACUGAUGUCGAAUCCAACUACACAGAUGCGCUUAAUGACAUGGAUAGCAGUUCUGGAGAUAUAGAGUUUUAUGACUGUGUUAUGGAACUAAACAAUAAUAAUGUAGAGGUUGCUGACAAGAACAGUAACAACAGCAGAGACUUUGAAAUCAGUGAAGACACGACUGGAACGACUGAUGACUAUAUCGAAAUCAGUGACGAUGAAGAAGAUACUAUUGUUAACCAAAAUAAUGAAGGCGACGACGAUUCUUGCGUUUUUUUGUACGAAAAUAUAACCCAACAAAGAUUAAGUCAUAUACAAGAAGAUGAUGUGGUUGACAUAACAGAGAAAAUGAAAAUAGUAUCGAAAGCUAAAGCCAAAGAACUAGAUCGGCUACGUCGCAGCUUAAACGUUAUCGAAACAUCACAUCACAAAAAGGUUGCACACACUAGGGAUAGAUACAACCGUAUAUCCAAAUAUAAUUUCCAAUCUUAUGAUAUGAGUAGAGUUUGUGGGAGUGAAGUUUAUAAAGCAUAUAUGCGUGUUAAAGAGUAUAAUUCCAGUUUGGAAAAAGACGUACUAACAAUUCACACUGCAUUUGUGGAUGGAUCUUUACGCUUCAAAAAAUUUGGGAAUAUGGGGAGAUGUUUCGGUGGACUAGGAGUAUAUUGGGGAAAUAAUGACCCCAGAAACUUGAGUGAACCUUGCGGCGCUGAAAUCGUCAGUUCUGAUGGUGCUGAACUGAUGGCUAUCUUGAGAGCUUUGCAAGUUUGUGGGGAUCCAACUUCCUCGUUACGGAUUGAGUCUGACAGUAUGCAUAGUAUUUUAGCGAUACGGGGGAGGUUUACUAUCAUAGAUCCAGUAAUCAGAGAUAUUUUAAAACGUAUAAAAUUCCAACUGAACUUGCGUCAGGCUAAAGUGUAUUUUGCCAAGGUCCCUGCUCACAAUGGCAUCCCAGGAAACGAAGCGGCAGACAAACUUGCUAAGAUUGGCUCUACAACUUGUAUGAGAAGAUUUGAAAGAGAAUAUUAUAAGAAUUCUUAUAAGAAUCCUUAUGAUAUUCCUUACAAGAGUCCUUACAAGAGUCCCUAUAAGAAUUUUUAUCCACUUCGUUAA